AUACGCAUGUUACGUAAGUAUUUAUUAUUCCCAAACUUUAUAGAUUUACCACCCAAAUUAUUGCAGAAAAAAGAUUCACUUUGCUUUUCAUAAUUUUAAUUAGGAAAAAGCCUUAUGCAUAUCAACCUCCUUCUCCAUUGUUGAUUUAUAAACAACACGAUCCCCUUUACUCAUUCUCACUACUCCAAAUGCAGAUUUGAGUGCAGAGAGAGAGAGAGAGAGAGAGAGAAGCAGUAGCAGCAUUGUAGAAGAAACAUCUAGAUAUACUCUAGAACAACCAAGCCUGGCUUCUCUUCCUUUUUCUUUAUCUCUUUCUAGUACUGUCUUUCUUUAGUUUGUUAUUGUUGAGUGUCUGUCAUCAGUAUGAAUAAGGAGAAAGAACGGAAGAUGUUGGUUGGUGUUGUUUGGAAUUGUGCUGCUGAGCUUAAACUUCUACUCACUGCUAUUCUUUUUCUCUGUUCUCUCAUCACUCUUCUUCACUUCAUCCCUUCUCGCUUAAUCUCUUUCUCUCCUACCGAUCUUGGUAACUGUAUUUCCACUCCCUCAGCUCCAGUACUGCUUCACUCUGUUUCUCAUAUUAAUGUUACUGCUAAUUCAUCAACCCCAUCUGCUUCACCGCCGCCGGCGAUGGAGAAAGACAGACUGCUACAAAACGGCGUCGUUAAGAGAGUUUUCAACCCGUUUGGUUCAGCUGCGUACAACUUUAUUCUGAUGUCUGCUUAUAGAGGUGGUUAUGAUACGUUUGCUGUAAUGGGUUUGGGUUCAAAGCCUCUUCACGUCUAUGGGAAGCCGAGUUAUCUUUGUGAGUGGGUUCCUUUUGAUGAACAGCGAGACCCCAUUUCCGUUGUUGGUCACAAGAUCCUUCCUGAUUGGGGGUAUGGAAGGGUUUAUACUGUGUUGGUCAUCAAUUGCACUUUCCCUGAACCAGUCGGCGAUGGAAAAACCGGCGGAAAGCUCCUCAUUCACGCCACCACCAACGGCGGCGGCGACAGUAGCUUCAACACCACCGACACAUUCGAGGCAUUAACGGAAACUGCACAGGAUUUCGUUAACUUUACUUCCGUAUUUGAAGCUCCACCGAAGUAUGAUUUCUUCUACUGCGGUUCGUCUCUAUACGGAAACUUGAGCCCACAGAGAGUAAGAGAAUGGCUGGCAUUUCACAUCAGGCUGUUCGGAGAGAAAUCUCACUUCGUAAUUCACGAUGCAGGAGGUGUACAUGAAGGGGUAAUGGAGGUGCUAAAGCCAUGGAUGGAUAAAGGAUAUGUUACAUUACAGGAUAUUAGGGAGCAAGAGAGAUUUGAUGGGUACUAUCAUAAUCAGUUCCUUAUUGUUAAUGAUUGUUUACAUAGGUAUAGAUUUCAAGCUAAAUGGAUGUUCUUCUUUGACGUCGAUGAGUUCAUUUUUGUACCCAAGAAGAGCACCAUUAAAUCUGUAGUUAAUUCCCUAUCGGAUUAUACACAGUUCACCAUUGAGCAAAUGCCGAUGUCUAACAAGCUUUGUCUCGCUGAGGACCGCGGUAAAUCCUACAGAAAAUGGGGGUUCGAGAAGCUAGUGUACAAGGACGUGAAAAGGGGUAUUAGGAGGGACCGAAAAUAUGCAGUGCAACCUCGCAACGUUAUAGCCAACGGUGUCCAUAUGUCUCAGAAUACAGUAGGCAAGACAACACACAAGACAGAAGGGCGUAUCAAGUACUUUCACUAUCACGGUACCAUUGCUGAGCGCCGCGAGCCAUGCAGGCGGCUCGUCAACACCACAGAAAUCACCAUCGACGGUACCCCUUACGUCGUGGAUACAACAAUGAGGGACAUUGCUGCAACUGUAAAGAGAUUCGAACUAAAGAUGAUUGGCACUACAUUACAAAGAACGCGGCAAUGAGGUCAACAUUGCCGGUGCUUUCUUUUCAAACAUGUGUUUAUUUAUUACUACUUUUAUUUAAGUUUCUUUUGGUUAGAGCUACAUAUAUUCUUCUCUUGUUCAUUUCUGUAUGAUAAAAUUCUCUUAAAAUUUUUGAAAUAGAAACAUGAGUAUAGAAUUAGAAACAACAAAGACAAGCAUUAGUAUAUGAUUCAUUAUUAGUAUAUAUAUUUAAUUUGUUAGGAAUACAGGGUGUUUUGCACUA